AUGUGUGAGUUGAAUGACACGGUGGUGGAAGCACAGCUGCGCACACUGCACAUGCCCCCUUGCUGUCCCUUGCUUAUCCACUCCAUCCUCUCCUCCCCACCUUUCACCCCACCCCCUCCAUCCCGUUUCGGCUCUUUCCCUAGCGAGUUGAACGAUACGGUGGUGGAGGCACAGCUGCGCACGCUGCACAUUCCGCCGCUGCUGCCUGUGUCCCAAUGGCUACAACGGCACACUGACAGCCUAGGUGGAGCCACGCAGGCGACGCAUGCCGGACCAAAUCAAGGAGAUGAAGGUGAGAGGGAGGCCGAGGGGUGCUGGGAGGCAGGUGGAGGGGGGUGCUGGUAUAGAGAGAGGUUAGGGGCUAGGGAGGUGCGUCUACACCCGAUCAUGCUGGCUGCAUUGCACUGGCUCUCCUCCGACCCGGCCAACACGAUCGUCAUAAUGAGCGGGUCGGAGUGUGCCGUGCUGGACGAGGAGUUUGGCCGCGUGAAGGCCAGAGAUAUGCUGCAGCAGCUGUGGACAGGACCGAUUUCAAACACUGCAGUAGACAUGGUGCAAGGACAUGCUGCAGCACGGCACGUGGAGGAGAGGGAGACGUCGCUGGUGUGGAACUACAAGUAUGCCGACGUGAAGUUGGGCCGCAUGCAGCCGAGGGACAUGCUGCAGCACCUCUGGACAGGACCCAUCUCGAACACAGCUGUGGACGUGGUGCAGCUCGACUCACUGGCAUGCUUUCCCGCUCACCCUCUCCCACUCACUCCCCUUCUCUCAUGGUCGGUGGCAAGUCAGUGGAGUCGACUCAAGAGCAUGUUUUGCCGCCUUGCCUUUUUCCCUUCCUUGGCCGCCAACCCCUCACAGGGCGGCAAGUCAGUGGAGGUGCGUUUAGUUGGGGGUGGCAAGUUAGUGGAGGGUGGCAAGUCAGUGGAGGUGCGGCCAGUGGGGGUGAGCAAGGGAGCAGCGAUGGAGAUGGUGUUGAGGGAGAUAGUGCACCAGAAGUCGCUCCCCUGCCCCUUUGACUUCGUCAUAACCGUCGGCCACUUAAUCUCACGGGACGAGGACAUGUACCAGCUCUUAAAACCAGACUCUAAUUCCAUUCCCCUCAAACCCUCUGCUCUCUCUCCCCCGCGUCCCUCUCCCCCGCUUUUCCAUUCCCCGCCCCGCCAACAUGACCAGGACAUAUACCAGUUCUUUGAGCCAGACCUGCUGCACGACAACAACAUGCCCCCCGGCAUGGACGGUUACCAGCAGAGCAUGGACGGAACCCCCUUACCUCCCUUCCUCUCACCCCUCAUCUCCCCCCCAACCAACAGGACGAGGACAUAUACCAGCUCUUUGAGCCAGACUUGCCGCACGACAACAUCAACAACAUGCCGCCUGGCAUGGACGGUUACCAGCAGAGCAUGGAUGGCACCAUGGAUCCCAUGGAUGGUAACUGCGGUGUAUCCAUGGAUGGUAACAUGGUAA